UUCUUUCUUUAGAGAGGUUCAACCACCAACUACUUUCAUUUCUUCUUGGCCAACAAAUGCUGUUAAAUGAAACAUUCAAUAACUUCCAUUUAACUGUGUUCUCUCUCUUUCUUUUCUCUUCCUCUCUUUUUUUGUGUUAAUCUUUCAAUUUAAGAAACCCAACACCACACGCUUUCAUCACCACCACCACCAUUACCAUUGCCACUACCCCUACCCUACUCUUUUAACCUUAAACACAGUUUUUCCCAAACAUCCUCAUUUUAUGUUUCUUUUUCAUUUUGCAACUUUUACCAACACUUUCUUCUCAACAUUCUUCUAUUUAUUUAACAACGCUUUUAAACCGUCACCAUAGUCCAUCCAUAAAUUUUUUCUCUCAAACAUGCAAAUGACUAGUGUAAUGGGAAAAAGUAGGAUCAUCUUAACAAUGAGUGCAAGGUUCAUCAACGAAGCAAUAAGUUUCCUAGUCUUUUGCUUCCUUGACCUAGUUGAUUUUCUUCUAUGUUUUCUCUUUAAAUCGGUCGACAUGCUAUUCGACUCCGAGUUUAGACCGUGUUAUUGUUCUUCUUCGGCUAAGGAAGCAAUAACAAGUGGUGGAAAAAUCUUGGUUUCUGAACAAGGAGGUGAAUCGAAAAUCGUUUCGCUUAGUUCGACUAAGUUAAUGUUAGAGGAUAUAUCCGACACGCUUUAUUCUCGUCCUUCGCUGGUUUCUGAGGUUUCGAGGCUAACCAUGAAUGAACUUAAAAGAUUGAAAUUGGAAGAUCCUAUUCUUGCUCAAUCUAAGAGAGGAAACUCACGUUGUUCUAGCUUUACAGUGAAUACUACUAUCGUUGAAAUGCUUCAAGGUAAAAUUGGAAAACAUGAUGUUCAUAAUCAAAUACCUAGAUGGUCAGAUUGUGAUUGUAAAGAAUGCUGCUCUUGGAUUCAACCUUCUAGUAAAACCACUCUCUAUGUUAAGUCUCAAUUUCCAACCUCAGGUGAGUCGAGAGAAGAUGUGUUGUUUAUACAUGGAUUCAUAUCAUCAUCCCUAUUUUGGACAGAAACAUUGUUCCCAAAUUUUUCAAGUGAAGCAAACUCAAAGUAUAGGUUAUUUGCAGUUGAUUUGCUAGGUUUUGGGAAGAGUCCUAAGCCAAGUGAAUCACUCUACACAUUAAGGGAACAUUUAGAUAUGAUAGAGAAAUCUGUUUUGGAGGCCCAUAAAGUUGAAUCUUUCCACAUAGUGGCCCAUUCGUUGGGAUCAAUUUUAGCCCUAGCACUUGCAGCUAAAUAUCCUCAAUAUGUCAAGUCCAUAACUUUGCUUGCCCCACCCUACUAUCCUGUACCUAAGGGUGAAGCGCAAGCGACGCAAUAUGUGAUGAGACAAAUCGCGCCGAGGCGCGUUUGGCCACCGAUGGCGUUUGGAGCGUCGCUCGUGUGUUGGUAUGAACAUAUAACUAGGAUGAUCUGUUUCCUCAUUUGUAAGAAUCAUCGUUUGUGGAUAUUUCUCACCAGACUCAUCACUCGUAACAGGGUAAGGACUUUCUUGCUUGAAGGAUUCUUUAGUCACACCCAUAAUGCAGCUUGGCAUACACUACACAAUAUUAUAUGUGGAACAGCUGCAAAACUUGGAACAUAUUUGGAAACAGUGAAUGAAAAUCGAAAUUGCAAAGUUACUAUAUUUCAUGGCAAAAAUGAUGAGGUUAUUCCUAUUGAGUGUAGCUAUGAUGUAGUGAAAAUGAUUCCAAGUGCAGAGCUUAGAGUUAUUGAUGAUAAAGAUCAUAUAACUAUUGUUGUUGGAAGACAGAAAGAUUUUGCUAGAGAAUUGGAAGAGAUUUGGAAUUCUACAAACAAGAGCUAGAGAAAUAUUGAAGAAUCGAUGAGAAACAUGUUUUGUGUGUAGAACAAAUCUAUGUGUUAGGUUUUGUUUAUGUCAAAUCAAGUGUUGUUUUGUAUGUUUUAUCAUAAAUUAUAUAUCACAUGCUUACAAAAUAUUAAGCAAAAAAAAAAUGAAGCACAUAUCACUUAUUUAUACUUUGGUUCUCGAAAUUUAUAAAUAAAAUACCAAAGUGCAUCCUUGCACUACUUAAAUUAUA